UGUAAAUGCUCCUUUUCGAUAAAUCCUUAAGAAGAUGGCGCUCGAUUAAUGCAAUGUUCGCAUGUAAAGAUGACGUAGUACUAUCUAUAAGAUUGUAGCAAGCUAGAACGCUCUCCGUUGUGGAUCAAGGAAGCAGUGAGAAACAACGGCGGAAGUGGGGAUCGUGCGCCAUUUUCUAUUUUUGUAUAGCAGUGAACUAAUGUUGUGUGUGUACAUUUUGUGUGAUAAAUCGAUGGAUUAUUAAUAAUUGACGGAGGACGUGUCGAUGUAAUGAAAUGAUAUUCGGAAACACGUGCUUCGAAUCUCACGCAAUUAAUUUUUUUUGCGUUUAUCUUCUAUAUAACUGUGCGUAAACCCGUAGCUCGUAGCACGUAAACACUUUUUCUUCAUUUCUCUUUUCAACGAGUGAGAGUGGCCAAGCCAUCGUAUUGGAACUGUUACUGGCAAUCGACAUUACUAUCAUUUUGUUCGAUCGCAAUUCUUUCCUCGCUUAAAGAUAAAACUGAGAUAUAGAAAGGAAAACCAGUCUGUGAUACUAAACAGUACUAAGGUAUAUAGCUAGAAUAUAAACUCUUCAAUUAGAUAUACGUGUGUAUGGCGUAUGAGACGUAGAUAGAUCACAUAAAAGAUCUAAAAAAAAUAAAGUCCGUAUAGUGUGUGCUGUGAAUUUACCUUAUUCGAGGAAUAAACGUGGUGAAGAACACAAUGUCUCAGGAAUCUGUGACAAAUGACAAACAACUAUCAACUUCCAAAGAUAAAGGAGAUGAAGCAAUUAUAUCUAUGUCGGUAGCCGGGGAAGUAACCGACACUUCAAUUAUGGAAGUAGGCCGUUCAAGACCUCAAUUCCAAUAUUCCCGGGAGGAAUUAAUGCUGAUAAAGAGUUUGCCAUUAUCUAAGAGGAGGCCUGAUUUCUUAGAUACCUCAUAUAACAAUUCGCGUGGUGUGUGGGAUCCUGAACGUUGGCAUUCGGGUAGGAAGCGAAGUGAUACACCACCGAAAGAUGAAAGAACUGGACGUGGUGAUCAAGUUACUGAAAAUCAUAACAAACGUCGUAAUGGAGAUCCACGUGAACGAAUUCGUAAGGAACAAGAUGGAAUAGUAUUGAGUCCUCAACGUAGAAGUUUUAAUUCAGGUUGUUUUGUCAACGUGAAUCAACCUUCGAAUCGACGUCCUGAAAGUCCAAUAGGAAAAACAGAGGUUAGCCAUAGAGAACCUGUUCGACGAAUAGGAAGCGGUAGAAUUUUAACUCGCGAUAUAUGGGACUUUAGACCAGAGAAUGAGAAAUUAGAACCUGCUUUUCGAUCUGGAGCAGGUGGUGGUACUUCUAUGCGUGAUCGUGAUAACAGGGAUAUUCGUGAUGGAAAAGAUCGAGAGAAUGCGAGAGAAAGAGAUCGUGAUCGCGAUAAUUUGCGUGAACGGGAUGAGAGAAACGAACGGUUCGAAAGAAGAUCUUUUGGUCGUGAUUAUAGUGAUAGAGAAAGGGAACGAGAUCGAGAUAGAGCAACUGAACGGAAUGAUCGUAAUCAUCAAUCGGAACGUGAUAAAGAUCGCGGUCGUGAACGAAGAUUUAGUAAUGAUCGUAGACGAACUUAUAGCGAAAAUCGUAGUGAUGCGGAUGAACCAGAAUGGUUUAGUUCUGGACCAACAUCUCAACAUGAUACUAUUGAAUUAAGAGGUUUUGAAGAUAUCCCUGAAGAAAAAGCUGUGAACAAUAACAAUAGCAAUACUAAAAAUAAAAAACAAACUCCAGUCCAGAAAAAGCGCGGAAAGAAAAAUUCAUUGGAAAAAGAUGAAAAACAAAACGAAAAUUCAACAGGUCCGAAAGGACGAAGUACACCGACUACGAUGGAUCAAUCUUUAAAUGUUGUAGCCGCGCCUCAUUCGCCGAUUUCAGAACAAAAUGAAUCAUCAUCUCUUGUACAAAAAACUAAUCACGAUUCUAAUGUGAGUGCCAUGACUGAACAAAGUUGUGAGACAACAGAUAAUUCUAGCACUAUUAAUCAAAACCAAGAGGAUAGUCAUCCUGAUUUCAAUCUUGAUGAAUUUUUAAAAUCUGAUACAUUCCCUGGCGUACCUGGGCUUUUAACUAAUGGAGUUGGUUCAAAUGGAGGUUCUUGUUCCCGAUUUAGUCAAUGGUUUAAAAGAGAAAGUCCAGUUCAACAAGUGGAUAGUCGUAGAACUUCUAUACAGGAUGAUAUAUUGAACAAUCUUCUUAAUGAUAUUACUGAGCCAAAUAUUCAAAUUCCAUCAGUGACAGAAUCUAAUACAUAUUUUGCUCCCAUUUCCCCUGCUAAUACAACAACAACAAAUAAUACUACAUCUAAUACUACUAGUGUAAAGCUGCUAGAAAUGCUGCAGCGUGGAAAUAAAUCAAAUCAGAAUGGACAAGGAGAUGCAGCUAAUACUGUCAUACCGAUGAUGAAAAGUUCAUCUAUUAAAGAUAUGGAAGUUGGUGGAAAAAUUGUGCAUAGUCUUGAAGAAUUAGAAGCACGUAUGCGGGGUGGUGUUCCCCCACCUACUUCUUCGACUGAUCAACCUCAUGUAAAUAAGACUGAAGAAGAUCUCUCUGCGUUUAAAAAAUUGCUUGCUCAAGUAACUGGAGGACAGGCUAUACCAGCGGCAAACGGUCCUAUUUCACAAAAACAACCUGUAACACUCAUACAAUUACUUAACUCACAACUGAAAACACAACCAAUUGCUCCCCAACAGUCAGUCCCGGAACCAAUGCAUACUACAACAUUUAAUCAUGUUGGUUCUCUUGGGCCAACUCAACAUCCACAUCAGGCACAAAUGCAACAUGAAAAUUUAAUGAAAGUAUUACAGAUUCAACAACAACAGAAACAACAUCAUCAACAACAACAGCAUUCAGAUAUGUUAUCUAUGAUGAUGGGUGGUCAACGAAUGUUAGGUAUGAGUCCUGUUCCUCCGGAAAUGCAAAUAAUGUUGAGUAAUGCUCCAACAAGUCAGGAACUUCUUCAAAGACCGGAAGCUCAAGCAAUUAUUCAAGGUCUACAACAAGGAGAAAUAACUAGACAACAUCUCAUACAGCAAUUACAGAAUCCAGCCAUGCAACAUCGUCAUAGGGAAGUCUUAGUAAAUAUUUUGAAAAUGUAUGGUGGUACUACGCCGCGUACUAUAAGUCCGCACCCUAGUGCACCUACACCUCAAGAUCAUAUUUUGCAACAAAUGUUAUAUCAGCAACAACAACAAAGGAUUCCAUCUCCUAUGAAUAAUGCUUAUUGUCCACCUUCAAUAAUAUCUCCAAAUUUGACUGCUAGUCCCAGUACAUUAACAGUACAGCAUCCAGUGAUGCAGCAUAGGGUUCCUUCACCGAGGGAAAUUGUUAUGCAUGCUCAAUCUAUAAUGCAAAGUGCUUUAAUUAAGAAAAAGUUGGAGGAACAACGUGAAAACUUCCGAAAGCGACAAGAUCAACAGCAACAGCAGCAACAACAACAAGCUCAACAAAGAGCAUCAAGUCCUGUUAAUUCACCAGCAAAACAAACUAUGAGUCCAACACCACUUGCUUUUACUCCGACAUCAGUGUUACGUAAAAUGACUGCCGAUAAGGAACCUGAGGGUAAUAGUAAUGAUCCAUCGAAAUUGGGAACUCAAUCACAAACAUCUCAAAUGCAACAAAUGCAAUCUGCAGUUCAAUUGUUGACACAAGGAGUUCUUUCUCGACAUAAUACUUUACGACCACAGUCUGUCCAAUCUACUUGGUCAAAUCCAACUAUAAAACAACAUCCAGGUCGACCUAUAGUAAAAGGUGGUGGUGGUGGUGGUAGUGGUAAUGGUGGUAAUCAAUUCCAAUACGGUGGAAACUCAGAUUUCCAACAGCAGCAACAACAACAGCAACAACAUAGAACGGUUUCAAGCGUGUAUGGUAAUCCUGCGCGCUCCAAACAUACCAUGACUAGUUCCAUAGCACAUCAUAAUGUUCCACAAUACAAUGUUGCUCAAAAUUCAAUGAUAAAUCAGAGGUCAAAUAGUAUGAAUAAUCAAAUGAAGAUACAACAAGCUCCAUCACAUCUAGCUAAUAUGCAACAUCAACCAUCGCAACAACAACAACGGAUUCUUAAUUCACAAAUGCAAAUGGUCUUAAAUCAAAACUAUAACUCCAGUCGUGCAGAUGGGCGAGUAAUGCGGUCGCAGCAAUUGAAUAUGCCCGUAGGUCGGCAAGCAUCACCAGGUUUAGGAUACGUGGGUAGCAAUGGUGGAGAUCUUUCACCAACUUCAAAUCAGUUGGCACGAUGGUUUAGUCCAGAACUUCUUGCACAAGCUCGAGCUGGUAAGCUACCAGAGCUUGUCCAGACAAAUGUUUUAUCAUUGGAGGAAUUAGAAAGACUUCAACAUGCAUCAACUACAGUGCAUAAUUAGAUUUAUAUUAUAACUUUUCAUCUGUUUAAAUGCAAGCACAGGAUCCUAUCGGCGCAGUUUAUUGCUCUAAUAACUUAUAUAUUUUAAAUUAGAUGGCUUUUCAUAUUAAACAGUCAGUAUGAAGAUUCACUUUAAUUAAGAAGAAAUCCAUUUCAGUAAAGAAUAAAAAAUCCUGCUUGCAUAUACAGUCAUUUAGGUAAUAAACCUUAAUGGAAGUAAGGUUUAGCUAUAUAAGAUCUACUUUGAUAAGAGACAUUUUGGACACGAUAGAUUAAUUGAACAGUAUUUCCUUUCUAAAGAUAGGAAAUAUUUUUUUUUUUUUUUUUUUUUUUUUUUUUUUUGAGUAACUUAUGGCUUAUUUAUAACAAAUUUUACAAAAGGUAUUAAUUAAAAAACUACAAAUGUACAGAGGAAUAUGAAAUAAUAAUAUAAAAUCGAAAAUAAUUAAAAAACGAUAAGCCAUUUAAAAACAAAUCUAAUUGAACAUCUUUCUAUGAAAAAGAGAUUUAUUGCUUAUAAGACUGAAAAAAAAUAUGAAAAUUCUUAGUAUUGAAAAAACAAAAUAUUAUUUCACUAUGCAUAGUUUCUAAAUGGCAGUAAAAGUGAAAAUUAUUUGCCUAUGGACAGCAAGACUUUAUUUAUAAAUUACUGUAAUUAUGGUUCAAUUUUGAAACUUAUUUAUUAUUAUCGUGUCUUUACUUAUUAUUGAAUUGCAAUGUUAUUAAUUUAAUAACAUUUUUGACCAUUUAUUUUCUCAGCAUAAAGUUUGCAGAGUCCUUUAGGUAAAUAAUUAUGAUUAAACCUCAAGAAAGUUGCAAAUUGCAACAUAUGUGAAUACAGUUACAUAUACAGAAAAAAGUGUCAUAUUAUAUUCUACUUAUACUAUUACGGACAAUGUGGUCGUAUGAAUAGAAUAAACAUGCGAUAGCGAAACAAGAGCAAGUAUUCAUCAAAUCUUGCAUAUAUUAAGGAAAUAAAUAUAUAAUAUAUAUUACUUUGUAGAAGCACGCGUGAGGGUACUGUGUUAUUAUCAUGUUUGAAAGCGAAAGCUAAAACAAAAGCAGCCUUGGCAGAUAUAUAAAAAAAGCAUUUGCAAAAUUUAUAGAAAGGAAGGAGAAAGGAAAAAAAGAAACAGAAAAGAGAGAACAUUCCACCGGUUUAUAAUGAGAUAAAAUAAACGAAACAUAUUUACAAAUUGAAAAGAUUCAAUAUCGAUAUUGCUGCCAAUUGUGUGUUUGCUUCGUAAUUAACUCGUUAUUUUUGUGAUUACAUUUUUCGUACAAUCAUAUUUAUAUUUGACAUAUAGCAAUAAUAAUACAGAAAUUUGUUUUUCUUUUUUUUUUUUAUUUUCUUUUGAUCUAAUUUGUUAUUUGGUUAAUAAUAAUUAAUCAAUCGAGGUCUCGUCAGUUGUACGAAAUUGCAUUUUCCUCUAAUUUAAGAAUGAAUUCUAUUUAUAUACUUUUUAAUAUUCUUGAACUCAAUAAGGACAUUAAAAAAAAUCUGACAUGGUGUUAAUGAUCAAGAAAUAUUUUUUUAAAUUUAAUUUUGUGUUCGAAUAUAUAAAGUAACAUUUACAUAAUUUCAUUGAAUUAUAGUAUUUCUGAACUUCUGUUAAAUCUAUAUCUUGUUUUACAAUACACUAUUUAAUAAAAUUAAUUUCCAUAUUUGAAUAUACUUAUUCCGUCUUUUUACUUAAUUUAAAGUUUUUUCGGAAUUUCGUAAAAAUAUUUAUAUGAUUUUUUAUUGAAAUGAGUGCUUCAUAAUUAAGAAUGUCUUCAAUAAUCAUGAAUGUAUUUAUGAAAAUUUAUCGUGCAAUCAUGUAAUUGUACACUAAAUGUUGAUUACAAAAAUAAUUGACAAAAACUACUGAGUUUAUUAUAAAACAACAACAAUAUUAAAAAACAAAUUUUGAAGAGUAAUGUAAGAAUUUCAUAAAAUAUAUUGUAGCUGUGCUGCAGGCAAUUAUAUAACUCAUGGGAAAUGCGAUAAAACUUUUCGAGGCUAAGCAUAUAAUUUUCAUUUAAUUAAAACAAAAAAAAUUUAGCGAAAUAUGUAAUAUAUUGUAUUAUUCAGUAUGAUUAAAAAUCUAAUUUUUAAUAUUUCUAUUGUUCGAAUGUUUUUCGAUAUGAAAAAUGCGUAAUGUUCAGAUUUAAUUUUUAAUUAUUCAAUCAAUGUCAGUUCAUGUUUAGACUUACAUAAUAUGUGCAUAAUUAUGCAAAACUGUGCUAUAAAACCAAAACUAUUGGAAAUUAUUUACCGGGAAUGUAAUUACAUGUACUGCCAACAACAUAUUAGUGUUAUUAAGUACCAAAAAAAAGAAUUAGACAGUGACAUUUGUUCUCAAAUAUCACUUGCAGACAACAUUGUUGCCUUAAGAGAGGCUAUUAUAAUUGAGAUCUAUAUAAAAAACGUAUAAAUAUAACAAGAACAAUUUAAAUGAAAUGUUCUUCAUGAAGGAAAUUGCAUUUACAUUAGAUUCAUUUAUAAAAAUAGUAAUGCUUGACCACCUUGGUGGAAAAUGUUUCUUACAAAAUUGUAAAGAACUUUUAAUUCACUUUUUUAAAAAUAAAAGGAAAGGUAAUAGUG